AUGGAUAGAAUUCUAUACGCUUCGGCGAUAGGAGCUAUCAUGUACGCCGUGCAGUGUACUCGGCCAGAUGUAUCGUUAGCAUUGAGUCUAACGAGAAGAUACCAGUCUGAUCCAGGUGAGCCACACUGGAUAGCCGUAAAGAACAUCCCGAAAUACCUGAUAAGGACUAAGGAUGCGUUCUUGCUUUACAGUGGACAUGAAAAUGAACUCGUUGUAAGUGGUUACACUGAUGCUAGUUUUCAGUCCAAUGUGGAUGACUUUCGAUCGCAAUCAAGUUUUGUGUUCAUUCUUAACGGAGGCAUUGUUAGUUGGAAGAGUUCCAAACAGGGCACCAUUGCAGAUUCCACUAUAGAGACUAAGUAUGUUGCUUCAUCGGAUGCAACAAAGGAGGUUGUUCAGAUCAAGAAGUUCGUUGGAGAUCUUGUUAUCGACGACAGAAUCAAGUUGUGGAGGGAGAGAGAAGGAAAGAAUGAUGUCGAAGAUUGGCUCGAUGUCUUAAUCUCUCUUAAAGAUUUCGAAGGGAAGCCAUUGCUUACACCUCAAGAAAUCAAAGGUGAAUGCAAGGAUGUUUGUGUCGCAUCGUUGGAUAAUCCGGCAAAUAAUGUGGAAUGGACACUUGCCGAGAUGUUAAAUCGACCUAAGACUCUUAAAAGGGCUGUGGACGAACUCGACAGAGCAGUCGGAAAAGACAGACUUGUGCAAGAAAGUGACAUACCGAAUCUCAACUACAUAAAAGCUUGUUGCAGAGAGUCUUACCGACUUCAUACCGUUGCUCCAUUUUUACCCCCUCAUGUAGCUACUGAGGACACAUCCCUCGGGGGAUAUUUGGUCCCAAAAGGUAGUCAUGUGCUGGUGAAUAGGAUCCUGUUGGGUCGGAACCCUAAGAUUUGGGAGGAUCCGGAGGUCUUCAAGCCAGAGCGCCACCUCAAUGGGGACGGUUGCUCGGAGAAGGUGAGUCUGAUGGAGGCGGAGAUGCGGUUCGUGACGUUUGGUACAGGUCGUCGUGGUUGCAUAGGUGCUAAGGUUGGGACAUACAUGACAGUGAUGUUGUUGGCUAGGCUUCUCCAGGGGUUCACUUGGAAGCUCCCUCCGAGUUCGGGGUCGAGUCCCGGUCGAAUCGAGCUCGUGGAGUCGCCAACCAGUCUGCUGAUGGCUCCAUUGCUAACUGCAACGCUCUAG